AUGGCAGAUUCAAGUUCAAGUGUACUUCGAGGUGCUGGAAGAAACAAAAGACCAUGGACAACACAUGAAGAUGCAAAGCUGAUAGAUGCCCUUAUGGAUUUGCAUACAUCUGGUAAGUACUCAGGUGCAGAUAAUGGCUUCAAACCCGGAUACCAUAAGGCAGUGGAACAAUUGUUGGAAGUAAGUCUCCCUGACUCGGGCUUGAAAGCGGAUCCUCAUAUCAAAUCAAGAAUGAAGACACUGAAGGCAAACUUUAGCGUUGUGCAUGAUAUGCUAGUUGGUACAAACACAAGUGGCUUUGGUUGGAAUUCUGAAACAUGUUGCAUUGAUGCAGAAGACCAAGUGUGGAAUGAGUACAUCAAGUCUCACAAAACUGCAGCUAGUUUUAGAGGCAAACCAUUACCGUUCUACGAAAAGCUUUGUACUAUCUUUGGUAAAGAUAGGGCUACAGGAUCUCAAGCCGUUGAUCUUGGAGAUGAAGAUACUUUAGAGGAUUCACCAGUGACACCAGUAACUUCACCACCAAUUACUACCCCUCUUGAUGUUGAUACUGAUGCUCCUACGUCCAACGGACCUCCAAGUAGUGCGAUUAAUAAAAGAAAAAGAAGCAAGAGUGCUGAUGGCUUCAACGAUACUUUCCAUGGAUGUUCCAUAGACUUGACAAAGAGUAUCGAAAGUUCCAUCAACUCUUUGGAUGACAAAAUUGUUGAGAGUGCCAAUCAAGGUUCUAACAUUGGUGGUGGUAUAUUGGAUCAAGUUAUCGUGGAGAUACAAAAUUUGCCUAACAUCACUUGGAAUGAACGCGUGAAAGGUAUGCACAUUAUCGGUCAAAAUCAAAGUAUGGCUAAGAUAUUUCUUCAGUUGCCGGAAGAAGGAAGAGUUUGCUACAUUCAAAUGCUUCGAGAUGGUCCUUUAGACUAG